UUCUACACUUCCCAAAGCACAACAAACCCCCUUCAAUGGCCGCCGCCGCCGACACAACUCCGGCCGGAUCUGAGAAAUCCGACAAUGCGCGCAAAAUCGCCCUGAUCACAGGGAUCACUGGGCAGGACGGAUCGUACCUGACGGAAUUCCUCCUUAAAAAGGGUUACGAGGUGCACGGGCUGAUCCGUCGAUCCUCCAACUUCAACACGCAGCGGAUCAACCACAUCUACAUCGACCCCCACAACGCCCACAAGGCCCUCAUGAAGCUCCACUACGCCGACCUCACCGACGCCUCCUCCCUCCGCCGCUGGCUCGACACCAUCCGCCCCGACGAGGUCUACAACCUCGCCGCCCAGUCGCACGUCGCCGUCUCCUUCGAGAUCCCCGACUACACCGCCGACGUCGUCGCCACCGGCGCCCUCCGCCUCCUCGAGGCCGUCCGCUCCCACAUCGCUGACACCGGCCGCUCCCACAUCAAGUACUACCAGGCCGGCUCCUCCGAGAUGUUCGGAUCCACGGCGCCCCCCCAAUCGGAGACCUCCCCCUUCCACCCCCGCUCCCCCUACGCCGCCUCCAAGUGCGCCGCCCAUUGGUACACCGUCAAUUACCGCGAGGCCUACGGCAUCUUCGCCUGCAACGGGAUCCUCUUCAACCACGAGUCCCCCCGCCGCGGCGAGAAUUUCGUGACUCGCAAAAUCACACGCGCCGUCGGCCGGAUCAAGAUCGGCCUCCAGAACAAGGUGUUUCUCGGCAAUCUGCAGGCGUCUCGCGACUGGGGGUUCGCCGGCGACUACGUGGAGGCGAUGUGGCUGAUGCUGCAGCAGGAGAGGCCCGACGACUACGUGGUGGCGACGGAGGAGUCCCACACGGUGGAGGAGUUCCUGGCAGUGGCGUUUGGGUACGUGGGGCUGAAUUGGAAGGACCACGUGGCCAUCGACAAGCGCUACUUCCGGCCGGCGGAGGUGGACAACCUCAAAGGGGACGCCAGCAAGGCCCGGAGGGUCCUGAAUUGGAGGCCCCGGGUCGGGUUCGAGCAGCUGGUGAAGAUGAUGGUGGACGAGGACAUUGAACUGGCCAAGAGGGAGAAGGUUUUGGUCGAUGCAGGCUACAUGGAUGCCCAGCAGCAGCCCUGACCCUGACCCGGAUCCGGAUCCUGUUUGGAUAUCUUGCAGAUCUUGUAGUGAGAUUAGGAUCUGCAUAUCUGUUCUUGAUAACCUGGAUGGGAUGGAACCUCCGUUAUGGAAAUUCGAAGAGGGAGAGGUCGUAUACAUUUGCCCUUUAGCGCCGACACUACAUGUAAUAACUGAUCAUGUGAUUUAAGGGGUGUUAGGUGAAAUUCGCGUUUGGAUAUAAGAUGUUGGAUAUUGAUUUAUGUCACCAUGUUCGGAUCAUUUAGGUUCGGUCGGAAGUUUAGCCAAUCUGCAUUUUCGAAUCGGAGGUCGCAUUUACGAAUCAUAGGUGCGGAUUUUCACGUUAUCAUAAAAAAAUACUGAUAUAAUUUCUAUGUUGGUUUAUCUUCUUAAUGUUGAAUUCAUCUUAAUAAUUCAAUCCAAGAGUUCUUGAUUGAAUCAACAUGGUUUCUAGACAAUCCCAGCACAACUUCUCAUUCCUGUAUUUCUAAUACCUAAUAUUUGGACCUUUUUGGACAAUCAAUAGCAUUCCUUUAUAAAUGUCCAAAACUUAAAAACUUAAGUUAUUUCUACUUGACUAAUAAAAUACACCAUUUUGAUUUGGGAACGAUAUAGUAAAACUUUCUUCGUCUAAUAAAUUUUUUAUUUGUUAUUUUAAUAUAUACAAAUUAAAAUUAAAAAAAAAAAAAAAAAAAAAAAAAAAAGACAUUUUCCAUAU